AUGAAUCAAACAAGCAACACUACAGCACAGUACAACAUAUAUCAUGAUCACGAAAGUUUUUACAAUGCAGCGAUCGCGUGCCUGACGGUACUUGGACUUUGGGCGAUCAUCGGGAACACCAUCAGCCUAGUCGUCUUACUCAAAACGAAAAGUCUUCGACGGCGCAGAUCAAACUACCUUCUUGUCAAUCUGUGCAUCGCCGAUCUCCUUGUCGGUAUCUACUGCUUGGUCAGAGUUAUCCAAUUACUGAGAAACAUACUCUUAGGGAUUUUUCCUAACGCCGCCUUUCAGGUAUUCGUUACUAGUUUGGAUUUUUUCUCAAGUCUUUCAUCGAUCAAUUUUUUGGCCGCUUUAUCUGUGGAGCGUCUAAUUGCAGUCGCCUUUCCGUUCUAUCACCGAGGAACGGGUAAGACAUUUUACGGUCUCCUGAUCGGGACUCCAUGGGUUAUCGCCGUUAUUUGUACAGUGGCGUUUUCAGUUUACGAAUUUACCCCACUAAUCCCUGAGAUUUUUCGUACAUUGUACGUUAUCUACGUCUUCUCGCCUCUUCUAAUAAUGUCAGCUGCCUACACCGUCAUCAUGAUCAGAUCCAGGGCGAGUCAUAUCCACGGACACGGAGCCCGUGAAAGAUUGCGUGACAAGAAGCUUGCCGUCACGCUUCUCAUUGUCACGCUGGCGUCACUAGCCACAUGGAUACCCUUUAAUUGUUACUGGGUCAUACAUAACUUAGAUUUCUCGUUUUUUAAUUUUACUGUAAACAUCGCUCUCCUUUUUCUUCAAUAUUCCAACUCGUGCAUUAACAUCGUGGUGUACGCCUGGAGGAUUCCUGAGUUCAAACAGGUUCUGUUUAGGCAUAAACCUGUUGUUGCGACCAUCGUGCAAGGUACACCAGGCAAAUGGAAUGCAGGAAGGUGUCAUAGCGCACUAGCAGAGCCAAUAGAAAUGCACCAUAUACAGCGGGGAGAGCCUAACCAAAUAGACGAGCAAUUGGAGAAUCAAGAUUUGACUGACAAUUUGGUGGAAUAA